AUGGGAGGCGGCCCCAAAGUUCCUUACCCUAAGCACGUCUGGUCGCCGGCCGGUGGCUGGUACGCGCAGCCCGCGAACUGGAAGCUGAACACCGCCAUCAUCGGCACUGUCAUGCUCGGCACCGUCGCCGUCAUCUGGAGGAUUAGCGCCGAGAAGGAGGUGCGCUACGUUAUGCCUCGGGAGAACAGCUUCUUCCCCAGCAGAUACUGGUCGAAGCAGUUGAUCGAGUACGACAGAGAACAGGCCGCGAAGAAGGAGAAGGAGUCGGCGCAGUCACAAGCUAUCCAGAACUCAUAA